AUGGCGCACUCCUUUCACGUCCCCAUAUCCAAGGCACACCUAAAAUGGAGCAACGCCCUCUCACCAGUCCUCACGGUCCCUUCCGGCGCCGAGAUCUCAUUUGACCUCAAGGACGGCGGCAACAAUCAGGUCCGUCCGGAUAACGAGGCCACGUGCUUCUCCGACUUCGACCUUGCCUUGGUGGACCCGGCGUUCGGCCCCGUCUAUAUCGAGGGCGCCGAGCCGGGCGACGUGCUCAAGGUGGACAUCCAGGACCUGGUCACGGCCGACUACGGCUGGACCGCCAUAUUCCACGGCUUUGGCCUGCUGGCCGACGACUUCACCGAGCAGCACGUCAAGAUCUGGGACCUGACCGGCAAGUCGUUGCUCCCCGGAAACACGGGCGCCAACGGCCCCCCGCGCGCCGUCUUCAAGCCAGGCAUCUCGGUCCCUGUACGCCCCUUCCUCGGGGUCCUGGGCAUCGCGCCCGCCGAGCACGGCGAAUUUAGUACCAUCCCACCCUACACGCUCUCAGGCGGCAACAUCGACACGCGGUACCUCGGCAAAGGGUCGACCAUCUACUUCCCGGUCCAGGUACCCGGCGCACUGUUUAGCUGCGGGGACGCCCACGCUGCCCAGGGCGACGGUGAGGUCUGUGGGACGGCCAUAGAGACGCCGGGGAAGGCGACUGUCAAGCUGAGCAUCAUCAAGAAGCACACCGAGGGCUGGAUGGAGCUUUCAUGCCCGCACUACACCACCCCUCCGAGGGUGGGCGAGGUCGCCGAGGAUGAUGUCAAGGGUACCUACGCUGCCUUGGGCGUCCACGCCGACCCCCGGGAGGCGGCUAAGAUGGCACUAAGAGGCCUUCUUGACUGGCUUGAGAAAUACAAGGGCCUGACGAGAGUGGAAGCGUACAUGCUAUCAAGUGUGGCUGCCAGCUUGCGCAUGACUGAAGUUGUAGACAUGCCCAACUUUGCCGUCUCUUGCUCUAUCCCGCUCAAUACAUUUGAAGAAUGA